AUGAGGUGGCUACUCUCCAGUGGGCUUCUAGCCUUAUUCGCAACAACGUCAACAUGCUGGCCGUACGACGAGUCUUUACUCCAGUACAAUCUCAACCAGAACAAGACGGCCACAAAUCCCGCCCACUAUUGGGGAGAAUGGCCAGAUCACAAGGGGAAGUACCAUCCAUCUCCGGAUAACUGGCGAUUCCCAUUCUAUACACUGUUCUUGGAUCGCUUCGUCAACGGCGAUCCUACUAAUGAUAAUAUCAACGGCACAUUAUUCGAGCAUGAUUUGGAUUCAACCCAAAUGCGCCAUGGUGGUGAUGUCGCUGGCUUGGUUGAUACCUUAGACUACCUGCAGGGAAUGGGCAUCAAGGGUCUCUAUCUGGCAGGGACCUCCUUGAUAAAUCAGCCUUGGGGCUUCGACGGAUAUUCUGCUCUUGAUACAACCCUCCUUGAUCAACAUUAUGGUACUCUUCAGGUAUGGCGCGAUGCUAUUACCGAGAUUCACAAGAGGGGGAUGUAUGUUCUGUUCGACAACACUAUCGCUACCAUGGGUGAUCUCAUCGGAUUCGACGGAUAUCUCAACACCACGACGCCCUUCUCCGAGAAGGAGCACCAGACAACCUGGAAGACUGAGCGUCGCUACGUGGACUUCGACAUUGGAAACACAUACAAUGAAACUUGCGAUUAUCCUCGUUUCUGGUUUGAGGAUGGAUACCCUGUCAAUGAAUCUCAGACUGCCCAGCUCGUUGGUUGCUACGACAGUGACUUUGACCAGUACGGUGACAUUGAAGCUUUCGGUGUGUUUCCAGAUUGGCAGCGUCAGCUUGCCAAAUUCGCAUCCGUGCAGGAUCGUCUGCGUGAAUGGGAGCCCAGCGUACGCGAGAGAUUGAUCCGUCACUCUUGCAUGAUCAUCGCGUCUCUGGAUAUCGAUGGCUUCCGGUACGAUAAGGCCACUCAGGCUACGGUUGAUGCGCUCGGAGAGAUGUCUCUCGCUUACCGAGAGUGUGCCCGUGCUGUUGGAAAAGAUAACUUCUUCAUCGCCGGUGAAAUCACUGGUGGUAACACCUUUGGUUCCAUUUACCUUGGUCGCGGUCGCCAGCCGAACCAGUAUCCCAACACCACUACCGAGGCUAUGGCAAUGACCAACGAAUCCGAUUCUCAGUGGUUCCUACGUGAGGUUGGUCAUGAGGCCAUCGACGGUGCGGCCUUCCACUAUUCCACAUACCGUGCCCUAACUCGAUUCCUCGGUAUGGACGGUCAACUUUCCGCCGGUUACGAUGUGCCUAUUGACUGGGUUAAUGCAUGGAAUGAGAUGCUCACCUCGAACGAUCUGGUUAAUGCCAACACUGGUAAAUUCGAUCCUCGACACAUGUUUGGCGCAACCAACCAGGAUGUGUUCCGUUGGCCUGCGAUCCAAUUUGGUGUGGAACGACAGCUGCUGGGCUCCUUCGUGACCACUAUCCUGAUCCCCGGUAUCCCGCUUCUUCUCUGGGGUGAGGAGCAAGCCUUCUAUAUCUUGGACGCAACAGCAUCCAACUAUAUUUAUGGCCGACAGGCAAUGUCAGCUGCAACCGCCUGGAAAACACAUGGAUGUUUCUCUUUGCAAUCCUCCCAGUACUACCAGUGGCCUAUUGAGGCUGCCAGUCAGGGUUGCAAUUUUGACAACGUUACCUACGAUCACCGCGACCCCUCCCAUCCGGUUCGCAAUAUUAUGAAGCACAUGUAUCAGCUACGCGAACAGUUCCCCGUUCUCAACGAUGGAUAUACCCUUUUAAACAUGUCCAAGCAGACGUGGGGCGUGACAUAUCCCGGUUCCAACGAGACAGUCACCGAAACUGGAAUGUGGUCUGUUCUUCGUAACCUCAACACCGAGGUCCAGGAUUUCGGUUCUGAUGCCAAAAAUUCACCCGUCUGGCUCGUCUACCAGAAUCUCAACAGCACUAAGGACUACACAUUUGAUUGCAAGAGCGAAGAUGGUGCUCUUCUAUCCCCAUUUGAUACGGGAACUCGUGUCAAGAAUCUGUUCUAUCCCCAUGACGAGAUUGAGUUGGUGGAUGGACCGAAGAAACUUGGGUUGAGCGGAUCGAAGAAAUGGAACGGUUGUUAUGGUAAUCUGACACUGAAGCCAUACGAGUUCCGUGCAUAUGUCCCCAUCGAUCUGUUCCAGAAGCCUCGCCCCAUGAUCACCGGAUUUACACCCGGUCAUGACCAUCCUCUGCUUUCGAGUGUGGCGCCAGAUCAAUCCGAAGAGGUGCACAUCGAACUCGAAUUCUCUGAAGCCAUGGACUGCGACUCGGUGACGAACGGUUUGUCCAUGAGCUCAUCCACUGAGAGUGGAAAAUCUCCCACCAUCAAUACCAAGACAAUCAAUUGCGCCAGCAUUCCUGCCGGGGAGACUCAAUGGACUGGACAAAUCCCCAGCGUCUGGAGGUGGAGCGCAAAUCUGACUGGCGUGUACAACGGAGUUCACAGGCUGACUGUGAACAACGUGACCAGUGCCGACAGAAAUUCGUCUACAAACGCAGUUGACAACUUCCUGUUCCGUAUUGGCCAGUUUGACAACCCCAUGGUCUUUACCUCUGCGAACUAUUCGAGCAGUCUGCUCCACCAGCAUGAUGGUAACAGCACUCUCUUCAUCCAGCACCACGCUGCCGGUGCUGACAAGUACCGGUACUCUACCAACUGGGGAACUACGUUCUCUGACUGGCAGACUUACAAGGGUGGAAAUGAUACAAUUGAUCGCCUGGUCUGGACUGGCACCAAGAAGCAAGAUUGGAAGGGAGACCAUGUGCGCGUUGAGUACUGGAGUCGCUGGACUGGGAGCAGCUCCUACGUGCAAGAAGGCGACACCAACUGGGUUCACACAACUCAACGACGCUUCCCUCAUGCUUUCUUCAACGGCCCAUACAACCAGUAUGGAUAUGAUGGCGGCCUUGACAAUGAAAUCCAGCUGGAUGCGCUGGAUGGCUACUGGAAGUAUCAUUUCACCUCCGAAUGGCCCGCCGUUGGACAAAUCAACAUCUGGGGUAUCAACCCGGAUGGAAAGCCCGACCAAAGCUGGGUGUUGGGUGAUAUGGACAAUGAUAGUGUGCUGGAUCGGAUGCCUCCUUCGUCUCUUUCGAGCACAUUGAUCAACAUCACUGAGCCUCCACCAGCGCCAUACCUUUCAUGGAGGCUGCAGAUCAACGAUGGUACUCAGCGCUUCCAUCUCCUGCCCGUUGGACAUCGAUCCACCCAGAUCGUCAUGUUCGUUCUCUUCUGGAUCAUUCCCGCCUUGACUGGUGCUGCCUGUGUCUACAUCUUCAUGAUGUCUUUCUAUAAGGUCAAGUUCAACGAAGUGGGUGUUAGCGAGAAGUCCAGUCUUUCCCCAAUGGUCUUCUUGAAGAAGCUUGCUCACGGUCGCUCUGGCGAUAACUCUAUCAAUUCUCUCAUGCGCAUCGGCAACAAGGCCGGAUUCAUGCAAAGCACCACCGCACUGGGAGCUGCUGGUGCUGCCGAUAAGCGCCGCAUGGUUCUGAUUGCUACCAUGGAGUACGAUAUCGAGGACUGGGGCAUCAAGAUCAAGAUCGGUGGUCUCGGUGUGAUGGCCCAACUGAUGGGCAAGACUUUGGGUCAUCAAGAUCUGAUCUGGGUGGUUCCUUGCGUUGGCGGCGUUGACUACCCCGUUGAUGAAGAAGCUGAGCCUAUGGAGGUUACCAUCUUGGGCAGUGCCUUCCAGGUCAAGGUUCAAUACCACCGUCUUAACAACAUCACCUAUGUGCUGCUCGACGCUCCGGUCUUCCGUCAGCAAUCAAAAACCGAGCCUUAUCCUGCUCGCAUGGACGAUCUGGACAGUGCUGUGUACUACUCGGCAUGGAAUCAGUGUAUUGCUUUGGCCAUCAAGCGUUUCCCCAUCGACCUUUACCACAUCAACGAUUACCACGGAUCCGUCGCCCCUCUCUACCUUCUUCCAGAGACCAUUCCCGCUUGUUUGUCUCUCCACAAUGCCGAGUUCCAGGGUCUUUGGCCUAUGCGUACUCAAAAGGAGAGACGCGAAGUCUGCCAGGUUUUCAACUUGGACGAGGACGUCGCUCGCAAGUAUGUGCAAUUCGGUGAAGUUUUCAACCUUCUCCACGCCGGUGCUAGCUAUCUUCGGGUCAACCAACAGGGAUUUGGUGCCGUCGGUGUCUCGAAGAAGUACGGUAAACGUUCUUAUGCUCGUUACCCAAUUUUCUGGGGUCUUCGCAAGGUCGGCAAUCUGCCUAACCCGGAUCCUUCUGAUGUUGGAGAGUGGACCAAGCAGCCCGUCACAGAGGCCACCGUUGAUCCCGAAUAUGAAGCUGGUCGUGCCGAACUGAAGCGUCAGGCUCAAGAGUGGGCUGGACUCGAGCAAAACCCGGAUGCUGACCUUCUCGUCUUUGUCGGUCGUUGGUCUAUGCAAAAGGGUGUUGAUCUCAUUGCUGACGCUAUGCCUGCUGUCUUGGAAGCACGCCCCAACGUGCAACUCAUCUGUAUCGGACCAGUGAUUGAUCUCUACGGUAAAUUCGCCGCGCUCAAGCUCAGCCGUUGUAUGGAGGUGUACCCUGGCCGAGUCUUCUCGAAGCCCGAGUUCACUGCUCUCCCACCGUUUAUCUUCUCUGGAGCUGAAUUCGCCCUGAUCCCGUCUCGUGAUGAGCCUUUCGGUCUUGUUGCAGUCGAGUUCGGACGUAAGGGAGCCUUGGGUAUUGGAGCACGUGUUGGUGGUUUGGGUCAAAUGCCAGGCUGGUGGUAUAACGUGGAAUCGACAUCUACGUCCCAUUUGCUCAUGCAAUUCAAGCUUGCGAUUGAUGCUGCGCUCAACUCCAAGACGGAAACCCGUGCAAUGAUGCGUGCUCGAUCUGCUAAACAGCGUUUCCCCGUUGCUCAGUGGGUGGAGGACCUUGAGAUUCUUCAGUCCACCGCUAUUGCAGUCCACGAGAAGGAAGUUUCCAAGGGCCAUGGCCGCCCUGUGACUUCGUCUGGCACGAGCACUCCCAAUGGUACAUUCACACCCACUGGUACAUUCACACCAAAUGGUACAUUGAGAUCGGUUAACAUGGGUAUGACGCCAAUGAGCCCACUGCCUGCCCCAGGAAUGAAUGCAGCAUUGCAACAUUCCCGAGAUAGCAGUUACUCCAGCUUCAACCAGGUCAGCGACUUGGGAUCCCAGAGGAUCUACAGCCGUGAUAUCAGUCCCUCGGAGACCGAACUGCCCAAGUCUGGCCUGAGUCGCUCUCUGUCGCUGGGUGUUCGCUCAGGUCCUGGCCAUCGCUCUCGUCGUGGCCGCAACGGUCAGACCGAGGGCGACAUUCCAGAGUCUGGAGACAGCAGUGAUGCUGUUGAAGAGACCGACGAUGACGAGGAUAGAGCUCACAGUGUUUACGGUGACGACGAGUACACUCUUACUCCUGCUCAGCUAGAGGAAAGUCGACGGGCCCAGGCUGCUCACAGAGAAGGCAUCGUCUCGUACUCUUCUCCCUUGAAUUCUCCCCGACGCCGCCCCAGUGAUGAGUCUUUGCACCCCCGAUUCCUCUUGCCUCCUACCAGUCCUGGUACUCCUCCCGCUUCGGAUGCGCUUCUGCUUCCCCCUCGUCCUUUGGGAGAAAGCCACCGCUUCAGCAAUGCAUCUGUUCUUUCUCUUGACUCCGUCGUUGGUGGUAAGAAGGAUUUCAAGCUUCAGAAGGUUGAUCCAUUCUUCACUGACGGAACCGGCGAGUACUACCACAACUUUGAACAGAAGUUGCAGAGUCUGAAUGGCUCCAACUCUGAAGGCCAGCUGUGUAUCGAAGAGUUCUUGGUCAAGAGUGAGCAAGAAUGGUUCGACAGAUUCCGCGACGCCAAAUUGGGUCGUCACAAGUCCCCCACGCCAUCGAUCUUCCGGUCGAAGAACAACGCCUCGCCCGCCGGCGAGUCUUACAAUGACGGUCUCUCUCACAUCGCCCUGAGCGAUGACCAUGACUCUGAUGACGACGAGUUCCUGCUGGGCAAAGACUACGUUCCCCCUACUGGACUUAAGAAGUGGAUGCAGAUCAAGGUUGGCGACUGGCCCGUGUACUCGAUCUUCCUCGCUCUGGGUCAGAUCAUCGCUGCCAACUCAUACCAGAUCACUCUUCUCACUGGUGAGGUGGGUGAGACAGCCGAGAAGCUGUACGGUAUCGCUACCACCUAUGCAGUGACUUCCGUUUGCUGGUGGAUGGUGUACCGUUACUUCAAGUCCGUCGUCUGUCUUUCUACUCCGUGGUUCUUCUAUGGUCUUGCUUUCUUGUUGAUUGGUUCUGCUCACUUCGAGCCGAAUUCGUUCAAUCGUGGAUGGAUCCAAAAUAUCGGAAGUGGUUGCUACGCUGCGGCGUCUUCUAGCGGAUCUAUCUUCUUCGCCUCCAACUUUGGUGAUGAGGGUGGUGCUCCUGUCGAAACCUGGAUUUUCCGCGCUUGCGUUAUCCAAGGAAUUCAACAGGCGUAUGUCAUUGCACUUUGGUAUUGGGGCUCGACUCUGAGCAAGGCUUCCAGCGAGGGUCUUUUGACCUCCGACAACACCAUCUCCAACACCUGGAAGAUGAGUGCUAUCUGUUACCCGAUUGCCAUCCUCCUUUGGGGUAUUGGUCUUCUCCUGGUCUUCGGUCUGCCCAACUACUAUCGUCAGAAGCCUGGCAAGGUUCCAUCCUUCUACAAGUCCCUGUUCCGGCGCAAGAUCGUCCUCUGGAACUUUGUCGCCGUCAUUCUGCAAAACUUCUUCCUCAGUGCACCAUACGGUCGUAACUGGAGCUUCCUGUGGAGCUCCACCCACGCCCACGCAUGGCAGAUCGUCAUCCUCUGCAUUGUCUUCUUCGGUGCGGUUUGGUGUGUGUUCCUCUUCAUCAUCAGCCGAUUUUCGAAGAAACACAGUUGGUUCCUUCCCGUCUUCGCCUGUGGCCUGGGCGCACCUCGAUUCAUUCAAAUCUGGUGGGCCCUCUCUGGCAUUGGCUACUAUCUCCCCUGGGUCGGUGGAGGAAUGACUGGUGGUGCACUUGCUUCGCGCAGUCUCUGGCUGUGGCUGGGAGUCUUGGACUCGAUUCAAGGCCUCGGCUUCGGUGUCAUUCUCUUGCAGACCUUGACUCGCGUGCACAUGUGCUUCGCACUCAUUGCCUCGCAGGUGCUUGGUUCCAUCGCAACCAUCUGUGCCCGAGCCUUCGGUCCUAACAGCGUUGGCCCGGGACCUAUAUCCCCUGACAUGACCAAGGGUGCCCAUGAAUUGGCAAAUGCCUGGUUCUGGGUCGCCCUGUUCUGUCAGCUCCUUGUCUGCGCCGGCUUCCUGCUCUUCUUCCGGAAGGAGCAACUUUCCAAGCCCUAA